CGCCUCCGAGUGGUGCAUCCUGGGUAACGCUAAAUGACCUGCGGCCUUCACGGCCUUACUAACCCCCUGAUUUUCCAGACCAUAGGCAUGACACGGACAACUAGUAGAGACACCUGUUUAGAUAUUUCGGUUGAACCCUGGGCUGGUUGUUGGGGCAUUCUGCCACCUGAGUAUGAUGGGGUGACACUCAUCAGAAAUGGCUGACGGGCUAAUGUCUCAACGGCCACCGUCCCGUUAAAACCAUGGCAGGCCUCGGAGUACGUCCCCCCCCGUCAUCAUUAAGUUGGUGUGGUAGGUGUAGGUUGAGAAGACUCCCUCUUUGCGCUGGUCGGCUCUGAACGUAUUGCCCCAUAAGGGCAUACGUCAACCCUCGCCUUGGCCUCGCCAACGAGAUAACCUUGGGACCAUCUAAAGGCGACUACCUUCUCGGGGGGUGGAUAGCGGCUCUGAGUGGUGACCCAUAUAGAAUGAACACUACAAACAACAAUAAACAACAAGACAGAGAAAGGACAGCGGAAGGUAUAGAAGGGUCGGAAUCGACUCUCAGCUCUCCACCCGCUCCGGGUGAGCGAGUAGUACCCAAGGUGACGAGAUCGUCACCCUCCAAGGGCGUCAAAAAGGUCGGUGAGCCCUCUGUCCCAGGGGCAGUUACGGACAGACUGACGUUGGUAGCUGGCGGAAACCCGCCUCGUCAAGAGGCCGCGGACGGGAGCUGCGCCAACUUUCAGCGAUAUCGCUAAGUCGGCGGGCUUCAUCGAGAUCGGCGUGUUGGACCGCAGUAGGGGGGAUGGUGCCAUCUCCCGAGAAGAAUGGAAGAGGAUGGCGGCGGCCAUCUCUGCCGUGUUCCUGAAGGUGAUCAGGGGAAACCCUGGGCCACCUCCGGAUUGCGAAAGUGCUGGUUGGCACUACGGGCUUCACAAGCUGAUUAGGUGUGCGGAUGAACGAUCGGCAGUGCUCUAUAAAGAGGCGGUCUCUCUCGUGGGGGAGGUUUGGGAAGGGGCCAGAUUGGAGGCUGUAGACAAGGCAGAUUUGCCACUGCGUCCUAGGGCUCGCGUCUGGCUUCCAGCUGAACCCUCCUCUGCGGGUGAAAUCGAGGAGAUUACAAAAUAUUGUAAUCCCUCGCUGCCAGCACACGACUGGAAGGUGAUACGGCUCGAGAAAACCGAAGAACCCUAUCGGCAAGCGCUGAUACUGCUUAAUGCGGAGUCCAUCGGUCCUCUCAAAGAGCUAAAGGGGGCCAUUAGUUAUGGCUUUGAGAAGGUAAUCGAUGAGUCCGACUUCGGUCUGGAUAAGCUGUUCGUCGAAAAGCAAGAGGAAUCAAAGCGUUGAACUAGCGUUACUGGAGGAGAGUCUGUAGAAUGAAAUUUCUCCAGAUUAACCUGCAGCAUGCAAAGGCGGCCUCCGCAGAGUUAUUACUCCGUCUGGAACGGGACGGAGUCGACGUCGUCUUUAUCCAGGAACCGUGGCUGAGCAGUAACGGUAUUUCUGGUUUAAAGACGAAGAGCCACAAGCUACUUGCGGUCAGCGAUUCAGCAACGGAGACGUUGUCACCGCUAACUUAGAGUGCGGCGUGGAAGGGAUAUGGCUGAUUUCGGCCUAUAUGUCCCACGAUGACGAGGUGGAUCCACCCCCCAUGCUGCUGAGACAAGCGCUGUUGGAGGCGCAGCGA